UUUGAGUUCACCUCGAAAUAUCGAUAACAAUCUACCUCACGAUAACCAACAAUAUGUUAGUCCGUCCGUAAGUAAUAAUGAUUUUACGGCAGACGUGCCUCAAACUAAACAGAAAGUAGAUCUUACGGCAGACGAUCGUAUGGCAGACGAGUCCCAGCCUAAUCCCCUAAUUAAACAGAAAGUAGAUCUUACGGCAGACGAGCCUCUGCCAAAACCCUUAAUCGCCCAGAAUAAAGACAUUAACUUACCCAAGAACGGGAAUUCAAACUCGAAAACAAAAUUUAACCGCGUCAGUAACGAAGAUAAAAAUAACAA